AUGAAGUACCAUCAUCAAGAAACAACUUUUUAAAAUGAAGGAAUUUUUAAAUCAAAACAGUUUAGGUAACGAAAAAAAACAAUUGAAUACGGAUAGAAAGAUAGAAGCAGUGCAAUAUAUAAAUAUCUAAAGGAAAAGCAAAAAGCAUUGCUCGAUUAUAGACCAAGAAGUUAGGUUUCUUAAUUUUCAGCUGAAGAAGACAGAGUUCUAAUUUUGCUUGUAAAGAAAUUAGGCCCCAAAUUUCAUAAAAUCACAAGGUAUUUUUCAGGAAAAACUGUCAAUAUGAUUAAAAACAGAUACUAUAAGACACUCCGUCAUGUUGAAUCUCAAGAAUUUCCAAAAGAAUUAGAAGAAGAGUUAUUUUCAAAAAAUAAUGAAUCAAGAGUAAUUGGCAGUAAAAUACUAAAUUUAUGGCCUUAACAUAAAUAAAUGAGCUCUGUGAUUGAAGGUAGCCCCCUAUUUCCUGAAGCCAAAGAGAUUUUGCAUACAUUCCUUUCUUCAUUUUAAGAACUGGUUAGCACUUGCAAAAAAUGA